AUGAGUAGGCUAUCAUUUAGGCCUCGGCCCCUCGACAUCCACAAGAAGCUUCCCAUUUUAAAAUCUGUUAAGGACCUUGAAGAUGAUGAGGCCUCCACUUCUACUCGUACCUCCCAGAUAUUGCGCUUUGCUGCAGAGGCUGAUAAUGAGGUGCGACAUAUACCUAGCAAAAAAAUUGCUUCAGAAAUACCAAUUCCCAAGUUUGCGGUUGUGGAUUCGUAUGAAAGAGACUACUCCCGUACUUUCUGUCAACCAACAUCAUAUGUGCAUGCAAGGGGAGCUCGGGCUGAGAUUGGUGAAGUUGUUGAGUACGAUCUUGACAACGAAGAUGAAGAUUGGCUUCUAGAAUUUAACGGAGAAAGAAGAACUCUUGAUGCUGAAAUGCUUGAGACAAUUUUGUUUAAACUGGAGGUUUUAGAUCAUAAGGCUCGGGAAAGAGCAGGAGUAAUCACUCCAACACUUGGCUCGCCUAUUCCCAUUCUUUUAACUUUUGGCGCUUCUGUCGAGGCAUUGCAAGCCCUUUCCAUCAAAUAUGGAAUUUUCCAGUCUGUUUACAGUUACUGGAAGCAAAAGCGGGAACGAUGGCAAAAACCGGUUCUUCGGCGUGUGCAGCCACCUCCACCAGUCAAUGAUACUAAUCCAUUCAAUGUAUUCAGGCGAAGGGAGAAAGCUCAUAAGCUUCACACUAGGAGGAUGCAAAGGAGGGAUAACAAUGUGCAGUCAUUUGAAAAGCUUCGCCAGGUCCGGCGGAACCUUGAUCAGGCAAAAACCAUUAUUGAGGCUCUGAUCCAGAGGGAAGAGAAGAAACUAGAACUUGUGGAGACUGAGGUUAGCCUUCAAAGAAUUCAAAUGAAGUACAAGCAUGAAAUUGAGCUCCUUGAUGAUAGUCUGGCGCUACAUGGAUUACUGUCCUUCCCAACCAAGGUUGAUUCAAGUGAGGAGGAGUUUGUUGAUUCUGAUGACAUGGUAAAUGGCCAUCCACACACAAGACCUGCUGUGGCGCAAAAUCAACCUUUCGUAGAAUCAAAGUUAGUGCUGGAUUCUGCAGGAAGCAUGAGGCAAGAGGCUGGACGUCAUCAUAUGCCACACAGUUGGCUUCAUAAACUGGAUCUAAACGAGCCAGUUUUGCUGUUCACUAAACCAAUAGAUCCAUAUAAACUAUCAGGCGCGGGUGUAAUACUUCCACCCAAUUGUUCCACCCCAAAUGGCAGAUCAUCACGCUCAUUUAACUUCCAUGGAAGGAUGGGACGAGGGGGCCGAAUAGUGUUUGAUAGAUGGAAUCCGCUUAUGCAUACUCGGAUCGACUGUGGUGAUGCAUUAUAUGUGCCACCAAAACCGCGACAUUCUGCACAUCAUUAA